ACUUCUGAGUUUCUGUUACCAAGGAUUAUUUAAAGAACAGAGGUACACUGAAACAUAAGAACAAACAAACAGAUUCAUCAUGUGUCGCUGACGUUGUGGCCGAACAAAAUUUUGUAGUGCUUUGAGAAUCGUAAAUAUGUUGAGGCGCUUCACAUGGGUUCCAUUCCAAUAUUAUUCACACAGCGGCAUGGGCCCCAUAACUUUCUUUGGUGUGUAAGAUCAAAAAAUACUAGUAGUUUGGUCGUUGGAAGGAAUUUAAUUAUCAACCAGAUCUUCACCGAUUUGGUUUUUCUCUAUUUGCGUGCGUGCUAGUAUAGUCGUUGCUGCUCAGUAUGGCGGGAAUCUUUUCGUUGGUUACUGGGAGGCCGGGACUAAGUGGAUUCGGAUCUUCCUCAACUGCUGAACAAGUUACUGAAGGAAUUGAUGCCAGCAAUCUCACUGCAAUCAUCACAGGAGGAGCGAGUGGCAUAGGGUUGGAGACAGCACGUGUUCUGGCAAUUCGAAAGGUCCAUGUAAUAAUUGCUGCCAGGAACAUGGAGUCUGCAAAGGAAGCUAAACAACUCAUACUUCAGGAAGACGAGUCAGCAUGUGUGGACAUAAUGAAGCUCGACCUAUGCUCAUUGAAGUCUGUCAGAACCUUUGUGGACAACUUCAUUGCUCUUGGUCUUCCUCUCAACAUCUUAAUAAACAAUGCUGGAGUCAUGUUCUGCCCUUAUCAGCAAACAGAAGAUGGGAUUGAGAUGCAGUUUGCAACAAAUUAUCUUGGUCAUUUCCUCUUGACGAACCUUCUUCUUGACAAGAUGAAACAAACCGCAAAAGACACUGGAAUUGAGGGCAGGAUCGUAAAUCUGUCAUCAAUUGCUCAUCUCUACACUUACGAAGAAGGAAUUCGAUUUGAUACCAUCAAUGAUGAAGAUGGAUACCAUGAGAAGAAGGCCUAUGGACAGUCCAAGUUAGCCAACAUAUUACACACAAACGAGCUUUCUCGUCGCUUACAGGCAGAAGGUGUUAACAUCACGGCCAACUCAGUCCACCCAGGGGUGAUAAUGACUCCUCUCAUGAGACACUCUUCUUUACUAAUGAAUUUUCUGAAGAUGUUCUCCUUCAUGAUAUGGAAGAACGUCCCUCAGGGAGCAGCCACAACGUGCUAUGUCGCUCUACACCCAAGCUUGAAAGGGGUAACGGGGAAGUACCUUCAGGAUUGUAAUGAGUCCCCACCAAGUGCACAUGCGUCAAACGAACUCUUAGGAAGGAAACUGUGGGAUUUUAGCAACAAGAUGAUUAAUUCACUUUCAAAAGCUUGAUUGAUUGCACUAUAGUAUUUGUGCCAAACCCUCGUCUUCCUCAUAUCAGUGUAUCAAAACUCGUUAAUUAUGCUUAAUAUACCCAUCCACCCUACAGUUAUAAUCAUAAGUUCUAUAUAUAUAUGGGGGAGGCUAUUUCCUAAACAUAUGAUUCGUGGUCAUUGGUCCUUGACUCCAUUUGUAUUUUGUACGCGUAAUAUAGAGGUCUUAUAUACUCUUAUUUAUGUAUCAAACGUAUCCUUUAAAUUAAAAUUAAGGUAAAAGAAGUAUGUUAAUGAUGAUUUAGGCGAA